CCGAACACCCGGAUCCGGCCUGAGGUGCGACCCGGGGACGGGAGGGAGAAUGGGGCAGACAGAAAUGGGGGAUGAGAUCUCGGUGACCGAGGAAGAGCUGGAUAUGAAUGAUCCCACAUGGGCAGAUAAGGCGGGGAGCCCCAGUGAGGAGGAAAAAAUGCGGAGCCCUCAGAAUGUGCCAGGCCCCGAGGAUGAUGACUCCUCCUCUGAGAGCUGUAAUGGGAAUGCCUUUCCUGUGCUAAAUCCGUCCAGCGCGCCCGCCAGCACUGCCCUAAGCCGCUCCUUCCCGGACAUGAAUGGUAACAGCACCGGCUCCACCAUGGAACUCAGCGCCCCAUCUGAUGAGCAGCCCAUCAACCUCAGUGACAAGAUACGCCCUGCGCUGGGGGUCCCACAAUAUCCUACUGAUGCCUGUACCACAGAGGCUAUACGUAACCAUGGAAAAUACAACCUCAAAGCCACAUCUGAGUCCCCUCCAUACAGCUCAGGAAGUUAUGACUCCAUUAAAACGGAAGUGACAGAGGUCAGCGGCGGGGCGGAGGAUCUGUCAGUAAGCCGGACCACGGCAGUGGACGAUGAUGACGAAGAUGACCAUGAGGAUAACGAUCGCAUCACAGACACAGAAGGGCUGGACCCUGAACGUCUGAAAGCUUUUAAUAUGUUUGUCCGCCUCUUCGUGGAUGAAAACCUUGAUCGCAUGGUUCCUAUCUCCAAGCAGCCCAAGGAGAAGAUCCAGGCUAUUAUUGAGUCCUGCAGCCGCCAGUUCCCAGAAUUUCAAGAGCGUGCAAGAAAGCGCAUCCGCACCUACCUGAAAUCUUGCCGGCGCAUGAAAAAGAACGGCAUGGAGAUGGUGAGAACCGAACCGGAUACUUGCAAGGUCUAUGCUCGGCCAACUCCUCCUCACCUAACCUCAGCUAUGGCAGAGAAUAUCCUGGCUGCCGCCUGCGAGAGUGAGUCCCGGAAAGCGGCCAAGAGGAUGAGACUGGAGAUUUACCAGACAGCUCAGGAAGAGAACACCCCAGUGGAUAAGCCCUCUGGACUCACCCAGUCUUCGUACUCCCUGCCAGCAGGCACCCACAAUCAGGAUCCUGUGUACAUAAAUGGCAGUCUCCACUAUGCCUACCGUGGCUACAGCUCCAUUGGAAGCAACCUGCCGGCACCAACUUCACUGCAAACUGGAAACCACUGCAAUGGUCCCACUGACCUCAGCAUAAAGAGUUUGGCUUCGAGUAGCUCUCACACCAAUGCCACCAACCGGGCAAUGCCAUGUGCCCAGCUCAGCCCUACCGAGAUUGGGGCCGUGCGGCAGCUGAUCGCUGGGUAUCGGGAGUCAGCAGCGUUCCUGUUGCGCUCUGCCGAUGAACUGGAAAACUUGAUACUGCAGCAGAACUAAGAGGUUUCCAGGGCGGACCUACAACCUCAACCUCUUACUCUACAGACUGAGAUAAGACAUUGAUGUCUCUUUGCCCCUCAGAUGGUCGCAGGCACUGAACCUGUUCUCGGAGCAGGAGCCAUAUACUUUUAUUGGGAAAUUGUGGGGAGGGGGGAGUCCUGUCUCUGCACUACGAGAUUUUCUUUUUGUCGCACCCUCCUGUACGUCCAGCACAGGGGGCUGCAUUCACCUAUUUAUUGAGAACAGAAUUUCUCCUUUUUUUGUAAUUUAUUUUUCUGAAGAUGUUUUUUUUGUUUAUAUGGAAUAGUUGUUGUUUCACAAUUGACGAGCCAUGUUGUGCGUGGAACCAGUACUGAGCCGCCUCUUUUCCCUUGAAAUGUGUGAGGACUGAGGCACUGGGUGCCACAGCGACGUCGCCAGGUGCUAGGGAAUCGAUAGGCUACCUUGUCAUGAACACUGGCUUAACCGACCGACAUGGCUGCUUCCUUUGUGUGCAGGUGAUGGGUCUGUUUUAAGGAACUUUAACACUGGAUGGUCAUUCCGUCGCUGGAGUAAAAUCAUUCUCUUUCAGGUCACUGUUCCACUCCACCAUAUCUUAGAAGGAAAACACUCCAGCCGGCGUCAUCCGACAAAUUCUGUCUUGGUUUUGUGACUUAUUGGACCAUACCAUUCUGCAUACAAGUAGCAUCAUAUUAGACCAAACCAUCUUGCACUUACACAUAUUAAUAUAACAUUGCACCAUUCCUGUCUGAUUAGGGUGCAUGUUCAGUGCCUAGCUACAGCCCCAUGCACCCAGCAUCUUCGUCACUCUUCUCCAUGCAUCCAGUAAACCACCGACAAUCCUAUUCAGGGUUAUCCUUUAUCAGGUGGCCACCCCACCCUAGCCCUGCAUUGUAACAUUAUAACAUAAUAUUCCUUUGGACCAUACCAUUAUGCACUUACGUGGUUUCCCUAUAGAACAUAAUAUUCUGCACUAAGGUGGUUUGGAAUAUACCACUCCGCACUCUUGUUUUUCUUUCAGUACCCACAUAAUAUUCCUGUGCACCAUACCAUACUGUACUACCACUGGGACCAUACAUUUCUGCACCAAAAAGAUUUUAUUUUGGAUCAUACCAUUCAGUACAGAGUAGAUUCACACUGUGUCAUCCUGGUGAAGCCGAUCCAUUACUAGGCUAUUUCUGGCUUCCUGCUGCUAUGGAGCGCACCUCGUGAUUUUUAACCAUCUGACCUCUCUCCUGCUUUGCUAUGGAUUUCCAAAGUCUGGCACAGAACGUAGCAAAUCUGGUAUGUGUUUUAUUCUUUCUCCACAAAACUCAGGCAGAAAACCGGCUAAACGCUUAAUCUGCACUUCCGAUUACAACUGACCUCAUGCCCUCAGCAACCCUUUUCCCUCAUCUCUGUCCAGGUCCAUGUCAUUUCAGAUCCUUCCUUCAACAUUCCGAUCGACGUCUCAUUUUCCAGUUUUAUAUAUAUAUAUCUCUGUUGGUUCCCCCCGCUGCAUUUGUCUUUUGCAUCAUUCCGGCCAUUGUGUCCUCAUUCAUCUCUGACAUGCACUUUCCUGAAUAGAAAUGUCUGGAGGCCAUCUUUAGCAGGGGGGUGGUAGCAUGCCGAGGUCACUACGGUUUUUUGCUCUCGAUAAGCAUCCUUCUGACACCAAACUUCUUCCCGCUGACCUCAUAUUCCAAAGCACAUGCUGUCUCUUUAAGAUCAAGUCUUAUUUUGUCUUUUUAGAUCCCCUUCCCCCUUAUUUCAGAAGAAUGUGUAUUUCUGUGACUUUUAUGUGGUGCUUCUAGAUUUGUA